GUGAUGGCGUUGAGGUGUACCGACGAUGCGCCUUUUGCAAAUCGGGGGAAGCUGGGGUACAGUUCCUUGACUUCUGGUCAGUACUCGCUACCGUGGGAUUAUUCCAGACCAGCCUGCUCUUCCCCGAUGAGAUGGCAGACAUGCAAGGUCACAGGUUCAAGGUGGUGGGGCUGGAGCUGGUGCCUUACACCAUCUACAGAAGGGACCCCCCCGGUUCCAAGAACCCAGUCAUUCCCCUCCAGUCCCUUGACUUCAGCAUCUUACACACCAUCGCUGACAAGCUCAACUUCACGUACGAGAUGCGCCCACCGCUGGUGGAACAGUUCGGAUUGCCGCUGGAGGACGGAAAUUGGACGGGAACUGUGGGAAUGCUGCAGCACCAGCAGGCAGACUUCUCUCUGGUGCUCUCACCUACGCCAGGCAGAACACAGGUGGUAGACUUCACCCGGGUGUACGCCUCCGAGCCUUUGUGCAUAAUUUCUCUCAAGCCCCGGCCGCUGCCUCAGCAUCUCCAGCUGAUCAGACCUUUUUCCGGUGACCUGUGGGUGAGUGUGCUCGUCAGCGUGGCAUGCUGGGCAGCAACCCUGUGGUUGCUGCAGAAGGCGUGGUCGUCCUGGGUGUCUAGCUUCAUCGGAAGCAACAGCAAGAACAGUGGCAACAACACCAGCAGGAAUAUCGUGACCAUCAGUAAAGCCUUUCUCAACAGCUGGAGUGUGAUGUUGCAGAGUCAGUACGAACGACCACCACUCAACAUAACAGCACGUAUGCUCGUGGGCUGGUGGCUGGUGUUCUGCUUGGUUAUCGCUGCUGCCUAUCGCUCCUCCCUCGUCGCCCACCUCACUGUCUUGAGCAUGUUCCCACCCAUCGACUCCUUUCAAGACUUGCUGGACCAGGACGGCUGGACCUGGGGCUUGCCCUCCACCGCCGGUAGUAUUAACAUGUACUUCAGUAUGUCUCCUGACAGUGUUACUCAAGAAGUCAACAAAUUUCUGCAACCAGAGACGCUGGAGAAUGGACUGGAGAGAAUACUGAGAGGCCAUCACUCAGUUAUUGCUAACAUGUACACUGCUACCAUCGUCAUCAGUUCCCGCUACACCGACACCCACGGCUUCACCCCCUUCCACAUCAGCAAGACCAGCUACCCUGUCUUCGCUGGCGUCGCCUGGGGUUUUAGGAGAGGAGCUCCAUUCCGCCAGCGGUUCAGCCUUAUCAAACAACGUAUGAUUGAGUCUGGCCUCAUAGACCACUGGAAGAGUGAGGGCAUCACAGCAGCCGCCAAAGACGGCGAGAAGGCCUAUGCUACCUAUAAACCUAUGGCCAGCUCAAUGAGCGAGUCGCAAGGGGAGACUGUGCUGAGUCUUCAACACCUUCAAGGAGGUUUCUACCUGCUAUUCCUCGGCUACGUCUUCGCCUUCCUCGCCCUCCUGCAGGAGAAAGCUCUCUACGUGUACCAAGGAGUGAGCCAAGAUCUUAAAUGAAGAGCCUUGUCGGACAAAUGAAGACUGUGUAAGCUUCGAAUAGCGUGGAGAACAUAAGAACAUAAGAAUGGAGGAACACUGAGAGAUUAUUUACGAAAAAUAAUUAUUUCUAGACAGGCUUCCUGAGUUAUUGAUCUAAAGAUACUUCAUGCACUACCAUUUGUGUGCACGUUAUGAAUACACUGUAUACAGUAGUUUGGAUAUGUACAAUGCAUUUUGUCCCAAGUCUUCAUCUUACACUUGGUUUGAAAACAUUACACACUCGCUGGCAAGAUUAGAUCA